GGGAAAACUCCAUAUCUGGGCAAACAAGGAGGCUUCUCCCCCGAACAGACUGGAAAGACCCUGCAGGCCCUGAAGGAGAGGCUGGAAAAUCUUCAGGCAAGAAAUUCUUCCAGUUCCUAUUCAAGUUCAUUGAGAGACCUCCUACAGCGCAAAAUCAACGCACUGGAAGAACAGCUCCAUCAUCACUAUGACCACCAUCAUGGAUAUGGUCAUCAUGAGGAUCAUCAUGACCAUGAUGACCACCAUAAUACCCACAACAAUAACCACCAUGAUGACCAUCACGAUGACCAUCACGAUAACCACGAUGACCAUCACGAUAACCACGACAACCACCAGGCAAACAAUCACGAUGACCAUCACUCCAGCAACCAUCGUAACAACCAUUAUAAUUAUCACUAUGAACGUCAUAGCGACCACCAUGAUGAUCACCAAGACAAUCAUCAAAACGGCCAUGAUGAUCAUCAUGACAACCACCACAACAACAACAACCACCAUGAUGAUCGUCAUGAUGAUGGCCAUCAUGGCAAUGGUCACCAUGAUGAUGGACGCCAUGGAAAUGAUGAUCAUGUCCAGCAUCCACAAACCUCUUUCAAGCCAACUGGGCCAAGAGCGCCUGUCCGUGGAGCCCUCAGUAAGCUAGAUGCAGUGCUGAGUAACCUUCACCACAAGACUCCAGAACCAGGUCCAAAUAAGAAACUCAAAAAUCCUGACGCUUUUCAGAUUGGCUUCCCGAUGCGCACCAACUACAUGUAUGGGCGAAUCAAGCGCACCCUUCUGAGCGAGAUCUUCGCCCUCACAGUCUGCCUUUGGUUGAAAGGGGGCUCAGGUCCUGGGAUCGGAACCCCGUUCUCCUACUCUGUCCCUGGCCAGGCCAAUGAGCUUGUCCUGAUUGAGUGGGGCAACAAUCCCAUGGAGCUGCUGGUGAAUGACAAGGCAGUCACUCUUCCUAUUUCUCUGACGGACAGUAAGUGGCACCACCUCUGUGUAACAUGGUCCACACGGGAUGGCAUGUGGGAGGCUUAUCAAGACGGUGUGAAAAGGGGCUCUGGAGAGAAUCUCUCCCCCUGGCAUCCGAUUAAACCAGGAGGAGUCUUUAUCCUGGGACAGGAACAGGACACUCUGGGCGGCCGUUUCGACGCCACACAGUCUUUUGUGGGCGAGAUGUCGGAUAUGCAGCUGUGGUCGCGUAUGCUCACGUCUACCGAGAUCUACGACCAAGCAUCCUGCUCCAGCCACCUCACCGGCGACAUCAUCACCUGGAGCGAGUCCAUGGUGGAACUCCACGGAGGUGUCACAAAGUAUCCGUUCGACCCUUGUCAUUAAGGAUCUAACCAGAGAGAAUAAAUAAAUCUGCUUAACUUGCAGCUGGAAAGGUGGACAGUUGUGAAUCUGGACUCGUACUGCAGCUGCUCAAUUAACUAAGCACUUUAUUAGUUUAAGUGUCUAAAAAUUACAUACUGCAAAUCGAUAAGCACUCAGGAUGUCAACAGACUGGUUGAACUCCAUUCUGUGUUUUUGGUUCACUUCCAGACACUACUGAAAGCACUUCAGUAUCACUACUUUAGUAUACACGUGCA